AGUAUCCUCUCUUGAUAAACUUAGGCAAAGGAAAUAAUUUUAUUUUAACGGUCCAGUAUACGGCUUUGACUCGUUUCCACUCUCUCUUCUCUCUGUGUAUCUCAGGUAUCACCAACCUCCAUUGUUGCAUAGCUCGCCCAGCAAUGGCGCCGUCGACGCCCUGUUUACCUACCCUAACGCUGGCCUUUUCGGUUCUCGUUUCCGUAAUCUCACCGUCGCAGUCGCAGACAUGUUCGUCGCAAACCUUUGCUAACAACAAGCUCUUUGCUCACUGUAAUGACCUCCCCACCCUCAGCUCCUACCUCCACUGGACCUACAACCCUACCAACGCCACUCUCUCCGUCGCCUUCGUCGCCGCGCCGCCCAAAUCCGACGGCUGGAUCUCGUGGGCGCUCAAUCCGACGGGGACCGGCAUGAUUGGCGCGCAGUCGCUCAUUGCGUUCAAGGGUUCCGGGGGCGGAAUGGCGGUCAAGGCCUACAACGUCAGCUCCUACGCUUCCAUCAAGGAGUCCGAGGUGUGGUUCCGGGUGGAAGAGGCCACGGCGGAGUCCUCCGGCGGCGUGAUGCGGCUUUUCGCGACGGUUGUGUUGCCUGAGAAGAACAAAACCACGAUCAACCACGUCUGGCAGGUCGGCUCCUCCGUCACCGCCGGCGUGCCUGACAGGCAUGCUCUCCAGCCCGUCAAUUUGAACUCCAAGGGAACUAUAGAUUUGUUGAAAGGAGUGAGCAACACUGGUUCAUCUGGUGAUUCCAGGCUCACGAAGAAGAAUAUUCAUGGAAUACUUAAUGCAGUCAGCUGGGGAGUUCUGUUUCCAUUUGGAGUCAUAAUCGCGAGGUACUUGAGAACAUUCCAAUCUGCAGAUCCAGCGUGGUUUUAUCUUCAUGUUGCUUGCCAGUUAGCUGCCUAUGUGAUUGGAGUUGCUGGCUGGGGAACUGGCCUUAAGCUAGGAAGUCAGUCAAAGGGUGUUAUGUACAGUGAUCAUCGCAAUAUUGGGAUUGCACUCUUCAGUCUUGCAACAGUGCAGAUGUUUGCAUUACUAUUGAGACCCAAGAAGGAUCACAAGUACCGAUUUUACUGGAAUGUCUACCAUUAUGCAAUUGGCUACUCAAUACUUGUUCUAGGCAUCAUCAACGUGUUCAAAGGUCUUGACAUACUAAGCCCAGCAAAGAAGUGGAAAUCUGCAUACAUAGUCGUGCUUGUAGUGCUAGGAGUGGUCGCGCUACUACUGGAAGUGGUCACCUGGACUGUGGUGUUGAGGCGGAGAUCAAGCAAAUCCACCAAACCCUAUGACGGGUUUGACAAUGGACAAGGCAGUUAACCACCAUUGCCCUCGUGAUUUAUCAGACUCUAUUAGCUUGAGAGGUUCUGUCUGUAUAUCAUCUCCGACCAUGAAGCUUCAUUAGUGUGAAUGCCAUGGGGGAUUUCUCUUGUUUAAGGUUUGCCAGCUUCUCCUUUGUAUGUUGUAUGCCUCACUUUAUACUCACCAAAUUAAAACUCACAAUUCUAUGUUAUAAUAGUUUAUCGUUGCAGUUAAAUCAUGCCCUUUGCUUGUGCAACCCA